ACAAAAAGGAAGCGCGCAUCGUGUCGGCGCGCGGCCCGAGCUCUGCGCCCAGCAUGUCGUGGUCGACGACUCCUGGGGUUCCCCGCCGGCUCUAUCGACGGCCUCCGUUUUAAAACCCCCGCCCCGCGAGGCAGCGACGCUCCCACUUCCGGCGGAUCGCGAGCUUUUUAAUUACGGCAGCCGCGACGCGCCGGCGUGGUCCGUUCAGUUCUUUGGGUUGUCGAGUGGUGAGCGAGGGGGCGGCGGAGAGAGAUGGUGGUGGUGAUGACGGAGGACGGAGAGGAGGAGCGCCGGGCGCCGGCGCCGGCGUCACGGAAGAAGGAGCGGGGCCGGAGCCACAGCGAGGCCGAGCGCAAGCGGCGGCAGCGGAUCAACGCGCACCUCGCCACGCUCCGCACCCUCGUCCCCUCUGCGUCACGGAUGGACAAGGCGGCGCUGCUGGGCGAGGUGGUGCGGCACGUGCGGGAGCUGCGCGGGAAGGCGAGCGACGCGGCGAAGGGCGUCGGCGCCGGCGUCAUCCCCGGGGAAGGCGACGAGGUGGGCGUCGAGGAGGACGACCGCUGGCGUCCCGCCGGUCGACACUACGGCGGCGUCGGCGGUCUCGGGACGGACGCCGACGACGCCUGCGACCGCCGCCUGCGGCCGCCGCGUCGCGUCAGGGCGUGGGUGUGCUGCGCCGACCGACCGGGGCUCAUGACCGACCUGGGCCGCGCCGUGCGGUCCGUCGGGAACGCGCGCCCCGUCCGCGCCGAGAUCGCCACCGUCGGCGGGCGGACCCGCGGCGUCCUGGAGCUGGACGUCUGCUGCGAUGACGGCGACGGCGACGUAGUGGCGGCCGCCGCCACGGACAGAGGCAACAGGGCGGUGGCGAUGUCCACGCUGCGGACGGCGCUGCGCGCCGUGCUGCUCGACCGGGAGGAGCACCUCUCCGCCGCGGAGGGGUACAAGCGGCCGCGCUUCUCGGCGCAGAUCGCCGAGGUGCAGUGAACGCCGUGCUGAUGCACUCGAUCCUGGACUCCUGGUCUUGUCUCCAACUUGUUCGUGCUAGUCUGAUUUUACGUGUCAUUCAACAGUUGGUCUUUGUACUUGCAAAGAAUAGUAUGGUCGUAUGCAGACUUGUCAGAUGUACUGUUUGCGACAGUGGAAUUUAGGGCAUCGUGGUGCUGGUGGAUUUUGCAGGGGUGUUUACCC